CCGCCUUUAAAAUCAAGGAAUUGAGGAUGAGGGGAUGCCAUUUUUCAAUUCCGAUAUAUAUCUUAUAUAUCUUACAAGCCAUGACAUUCGCACAAAAUUUGCAAGCAAUUGUUUCCUAUAACGCCAUCACUACUCCACGACAUGGCCCAUUGCGUCCACCCAGGAGAAUCACAACCUUCUCACGCGAACAAGACUAGCCCAAGUAGCCCGACUAUGGUUUCUGAUGGCUUGUAUAAGCUAUGCACGGGCAAGAAAAGCGUAUCUGCACUUCUUGCAGAGAACCCAACUCUUUCGCCUGGGGAUGCAUGGAAGCAAUUGUACGGUAGUUAUGUGCCAUCGUCGAAGAGUGCAGCAAGGUCAGAUGGAGACAGCGAGGAACGCAGCAUUGGCGCCGACGAGCUACAGCGUGCCGCAGAAUGCGGAAACUGGGGACCCUCGCAACCGAAUGAGCUAUUCUUGAAGAUCUACCACGAUGUAUUGGGUCCUGUGGAACAUGAUAUUUCUGCAGCUGUGGUUAGCCCUUCGUUGAUGGGUAGCUGUGGCGUCGUACCGUUGACGAUAAUAUCCGUCGUACCAGAUAUUAUGCGUCACAUGAGCAACAUGAUUGUUCGCGCAGAAAAGGAGGUUUAUCUAGCCACCAACUACUGGCAGAGCUCUGUUGCAUCUUCGUAUAUUACAAAUGCGAUGAAAGAACUGUCGGCAAGAGCUGGCAGGCGUGGAGAAAGGAUUGUCAUGAAAAUCAUCUAUGAUAGAGGAAGCCUGAAGCAGCUACUUGAACCACAUUACAUUGUUUCCGAAAAGGAAUACUUAGGCGACGCUGUGAAUAUCCCAAAGCCGGAGGAGAUUCCGAACAUUAAUCUUCAAGUUAUGAACUACCACAAGCCAAUGCUAGGCACAUAUCACUGCAAGUAUAUGGUAGUUGAUCGCAAGUAUGCUGUUUUGCAGAGCAACAACAUCCAGGAUAAUGAUAAUAUGGAGAUGAUGAUCCAACUGGAAGGUCCAAUCGUCGAUUCGCUGUACGACAUGGCUCUCAUCUCCUGGCACAAAGCGCUGGAACCUCCAUUGCCAAGUUACAAUUCUCCAGCUGCUCGAGGUGGAAUUGGCUCUUUCGGGGAAACGAGCCACCAUGAAAUGUUUCAUCAAGCUGGCAUUCAGGCAAAUGCCAUUUCAGAGGCUCAGGCCAACAGUUCUAGCCAGCUAGAAGCGGUCGACGCGAGAGCAAUCCACUCUAAGCACUUGAUCCCAGGAGAAAACAAUGGGCUACUCGAGGGGCAACGGUUAGCGAACCUUUCUAAUGAUGCUUCUUACGACCCUUCGCCAGCACGAAAUGCCAUUGAGCAUGCAAUUGACGCCCCGCAUUUGCCUCCACUUGACGACGUUAAUAUCAAGGGCGCUUCCUCGGGAUUAAACAACGAGCAAGAAAGGUUCGGCAGGGCUCCAGUAACUAACGCUUACUUGUGUUCUGGAUCCUCUUCUCUCCCAAGCUCCAUUAUCAGCCAGCCUCCACAAGGCAAGCCUCUCCUGGAGCAUUUGUCAACUGACUCUCAUUAUGACAUUGAUAUUGCUGGUGAGGUAGCCCGUGUACAGCAAUCAGUAUCCCCAAACGACAACUUGACUCGCUUGGAGGCUACAGUCGCCCACUUGAACCACACCAAGAACAAGGACUUCCCUCCUUCAAUCAAGGAAAUUCCCGCUGGUGAUGAGUUUACCCCUUACAUACCUCAUGCAGUGCAUGAGCCAUUCCCAAUCGCAAUGGUUAAUAGGCCGCCAUACGGAACCCCCAAUAACAACGACGUGUUUACGCCACAGAAUGAGGCGUGGCUGGCUGGAUUACGAUACGCGAAAAAGAACGUGUACAUUCAAAGCCCGACACUAAACGCAGAGCCAAUACUCAAGGAGAUAUUAAACGCAUGUGAGCGAGGCGUUGAUGUUUUUGCAUUCAUUUGCAUUGGUUAUAAUGAUGCUGUAAGAUCUCCCAAAUCGGACGACUAUAUGCUGACUGAUACAGGGUGAACUUCUGCCGAUGCAAGGGGGUACCAAUGAGAUGAUCGCACAUGCAUUGCACCAAUCGCUCUCGCCAGAGGGGUUGAAGCAUCUGCAUUAUCACUUCUACGCUGGCGCCGACCAGACGCGGCCAAUUCUUGCCAAGGCCAAGAAGCGGAGCUGUCACGUCAAGCUGAUGAUCAUCGAUGAGGAGAUAGGAAUUCAAGGAAAUGGAAACCAGGACUCGCAGAGUUGGUACCACAGUCAAGAGAUUAAUGUCAUGCUCCAGAGUAAAGAAGUUUGUGGUAAUUGGAUUGAUGGUCUGAGGAGAUGCCAAAGAACGGGAAUAUAUGGAAAGGUCGACGACGAUGGUGUGUGGAGAGAUGCGGAGGGGAAGGAGGUUGAAGGCGCGAUCGGCACCGACCCAGGCAAGUUCAGUUGGUUCAAAGGGAUUGCAGGAGCAGUCCGCAGGGUAAGGGGCGCUGGGGAUUUUUGAGUAAAGAGACAAGAGACAGGUGGCAUGGUGAAAUCAGGUCGAGAUCAAUGUUCAGAUAGUCUCGGACGAUGGACGGUUGACGAAGACCAUAUCCUGAUUGGCUGGGCGAAGCCGUUCUUCAAGGCUGGCGACAUCCUUGGCAAGUCCAUCCGGACUUUAGACCAAACUAAAGAGCUCAUGGAGAAGGCAGGGUUCACAAAUGUGGUGCAACGGAACUUAAAGUUCCCAUUGGAGCAUGGAGUAGUGACCCUAAAUUGAAGGAGGUGGGAAGGUGGAGCCUGCUGUUCUGUCUAUCGGGGAUGGAGAGCUGGGCGAUGUACAUGUUGACAGCGGUAUUGCAGUGGAAGCUGGAAGAUGUACAGGUGUACUUGGCGCAGCUAAAGGCGGCAUUGCUAGACAGGAAGAAUCAUGGACAUUAUGUGGUUGGCGUUGUAUAUGGCCAGAAGCCGCUGCACAGCGACUAUUGAGGAUGGUAUUCUACAAGAUGGGGGGGAUUAUUGCUUAAGGACCGUUAUUUGGAGACUGAUAGAAAGUAGCAA